UACGGUCCUUACGAACCUAUACUUUUUGUACUCCUUGCGAACCUAUUAUUUUUAUGACCGAGUGUUCUAAAAUUAGUUCCAUUGUUCUGAUUGGUUAGCUCGAUGCUAAAAAUACCUUAUCCAAUCAACGAAAUUAUUGCACCACAGCAAGAAACCCAAAAUGGCGGAAGAAGUAGUCUUUAUAAGCGGUUUUGGAGAUGCAAGAAGUUAUUCUGUCUACUGGGUUUUUGGGAAGCUCAAACGCGUUAAAAGAAGAAAAACAUGGGCUGGAAGGAGAAUGGAAAAUAUGGCGUCUCCACUGGCAGAACUGUUCGCUCACCUUUUGCAAAUGCCGGUGGGUUUUCGAGCAGUGUUCCUGGGCGCGAGACGGAGUAUUUACUCAAGUUUACAAGGGGUACAGAAAAUUUGUCUAGCACUGAAUUGGACGAAUUCCUAGCGGCGAACGAUAUCCAUGAUGGCCUUGGAGAUUUCUCCGAGUCGUCAACGCGACAACUGACAGCUGGAAGCAGUGUCCAUCUUUCAAGUAUUUCUUACUCGCUGAAGAAACGAAAACGGUGGAGGUUGCCAGACCUCGACAGAACUGGCUUAGAGCUGAAAGAUUCCGCGGACAGGCCAAGCGUGACCUUCAUCCAUCGUCGAGUGCAAAAGAAACUCGGUGCAGAUUGCAUCGCAAUCGAGAAAACCAAAGAAAAUGAAGUCUUUACGCCCCGAGAGCGCAAGUACACUCGAGUACAAGAUCUCCUGAAGAGGUGUGAUACAAGCGAGGUGGAACCAGAGGUGGGAUACGAGAUUUCUUACCGAUAUCCAGCGAACGAAUAUCCCGAGUGUGGCGAGGGUCAUGGUCAUCGAUAUCGCUGGUCGUUUCAGUGGUCUCUCUCCAACCCGCGCAAAUCUCGAUUUAAGAACAAUACCUACACUGUACAGGCAGACAGUCAUGCACUGUACUUUUUCCACCCAGAUACAUGUGAUGAAACUGCUCUGAAACAUUGCUGCCAUGUUUUCUGUAAUGAAUGCUGGGAAGUCUACCUUAAGACGCAGAUCAGCCUUGGGAACACUGACCUAAAAUGUCCAGGAUACAAGUGUGAUGUCUGCAUUGAUGAUGUCACCAUUUUGGCUUUAGUACCUUCCUGGUAUAACAAAUUCCUGUCACAAAAAAUCGACAAAGCUCUAGAUACCAGUCCAAAAUUAAGGUGGUGCCCAUCUACAAAGUGUGGACGAGUGCUUAAGGUAGCUGUGUCAGGUGCCAUGGCCAACUUAAGGAACAGUCCGAUGCCAGUGGCUUGUGACUGUGGUAAAGUUUGGUGCUUCCAGUGUGGCAGACAGGCACAUUGGCCAGCACCAUGUUCUGCUGAUGAGAAAUUUCAGGAAGUCACCAAACGAUUCUUGGAUGAAAUGGAAUUGAAUGAAGAUGACCUGAUAACCUCAGUCAUGGUCCGAAAUUGCCCUCACUGCCAUUAUCCAAUUGAAAAGCAUCUGGGAUGCAAUUUCAUGUACUGCAUCAUGUGUCAGACGUCGUUCUGCUGGGAGUGCUUGGUGCCCAUGAGCAAGCACAAGGAUGGCUGUCAGCGACACGAGCAGUCCAAGGAAGUCGAGUUAGAACUAGCCAGCUCAAGUGCCAAUCGCUUUGCAAAGUACUUUUCUCUAUACUGCAACAGCAAGAAAGCUCGUUCCGGCAUAGCUUUGUCUCAUCAAAUACAGAGGCUGCGAACUGUGGAUAAAAGCAUAACAUGUUAUAAGAGUAUCCGCUCAACUCAUGGUUACUCUGAUGAAGUGAUGGAGAAUGUGCUUCAAAGCGGUUGUUCUGAGAUCCUCAGGAGUGCUGCAGAGUUUAAGUAUUAUGCACACUUAACACUUGAGGGUGCAGCAAAGAUGGCCACUGUGUCAAAAUCCACAUGCAGAAGCUUGAAACAAGACAUGGAACGGUUACAGUUUAUUAUGGAGAAAGUAGAAGAAUUAGCCAGAUCUGACAUCACACAGCUUUUACGUCAGAAACGCUUGAGUAAAUUGUCUGCCUUCCUGAAUUGUGGGAAGAACUGUGUCUUCACAAUUGGACAGGUCCUUGCCAGUAGGCAUUAAAAACGUACAUUACUGUAAUGGUUACAGUAUAUGUAAAUUGCACAGGUAAAUUGCAGGCACGUGUGCAAUGAAUUAAACAUAUAUUUUGCCAGUCAGUGAGUUUCUAAUCAGCAAUUAGAUUAUGAACUCAAGAUUUCUACCAUGUAAAUACUGUUUAAAGACACUUUGAAAACACAAAAAAAUGGCCACAAGUUUGUUAACAACUGCAUUCACUGUUAACUCACU